GAUGGACAAAGAGAAUAUGAAGUUGAACAAAUACUUGACUCACGAUUGAAACGUGGCAAGUUAGAAUAUCUGGUUCAUUGGAAAGGCUACGGGAAAGAACAAUCUCAAUCUCCUGAAUCCUUAUCUGAUGUAGAGACACUUAUCAUACUAUAUCUAAUCAGCAUGUAG